AAGUGAAAAAUGAAAAAGUGAAAGAUGAAGAAGUGCAAUUUGAAGAAUUGCAAUAUGAAGAAGUGCAAUUUGAAGAAUUGCAAUAUGAAGAAGUGAAAGAUGAAAAAUUGCAAUAUAAAGAAGUGAAAAAUGAAGAAUUGCAAUAUGAAGAAGUGAAAGAUGAAGAAGCGCAAUAUGAAGAAUUGCAAUAUGAAGAAGUGAAAAAUGAAAAAGUGAAAGAUGAAGAAGUGCAAUUUGAAGAAUUGCAAUAUGAAGAAGUGAAAGAUGAAGAAUUGCAAUAUGAAGAAGUGAAAAAUAAAAAAGUGCAAUAUGAAGAAUUGCUGAAAGAUGAAGAAGUGAAAGAUGAAGAAGUGCAAUUUGAAGAAGUACAAUAUGAAGAAGUGAAAGAUGAAGAAUUGCAAUAUGAAGAAGUGAAAAAUGAAAAAGUGCAAUGUGAAGAAUUACUGAGAGAUGAAGAAGUGAAAGAUGAAGAAGUGCAAUUUGAAGAAGUACAAUAUGAAGAAUUGCAAUGUGAAGAAUAUGCUUCAGGAUUUUCGUAUAAUGAUUUGAGAAAUAAUUUGAACCCAGAUCUUUCCACCUUGAAUGAAAAUCAAAUCAUCGAUUUAAUAUAUUUUCCGUGUCAUGGGAAUUGCAUUCAAGUAAAUGAUGUUUCAAACGUAAAUGUACUUUUGAAUCCAACUUUAAAAACCAACCAAAUUUCACUUGAGAAUAAAAAUAGGCAGGCAGGAAACUGUGAAGAAUUUGUGUCAAUUGUGUCAAAUUAUUUGAAUUUCAAAUCAAAUAGCGAUUGUCAAAGUAUUAAGAUCAGAUUAACGAAGCAUAAGAAGAAAGAGCAUGAUGUGAUCAUUCGUAACGCUUACGAUAGUUCAUCACCGACGUCAAGAACAUCGAACUCAUCACCGAAAACGUUUUCAUUUAAGGUUGAUAAAAAGGUUUCUAUCAAAACCUGUAAGGCAUUCACCUCGAUGUGUGAUAAGAUGAUUACAACGACAUGUUCUUCUUCAAAGAGCACAAUCAAGAAUAAUAGUUGUUCACAAUUAUCAUCAAAUCGAUUUACAUCGAAAUGUUUUUGCGAUAAUGAUAAAAAAUUUUCAUUUUCAGAAAAGAUUUCAGAAAUGUUACAACCAAGUAACAUUAAAGUUACAUCAGAUCAUUGUAGAUUUAAUUGUCAUGAUUAUCAAAGGGUGUGUAAUGAAAAUUGUAAAGUGAUCGGAAAACCAAUUAUAAAUUUUUGUAAUUAUGAAUAUCGGGACGACACAUUUAAAAUAGGUUGUAUUUGCGAUGAUGGAGACAAGGGAUUUGAUUUUACCGAUAAAGCUUCAAAGCCUUAUGAUCAAAAUAUUGAAAGGACCCGCUCAGCCACGAUUUGCGCUCCACCAACAAUGGAUUUUACAACAAUCGAAAGCACAAAAGUAUUUGAUUGUCUUUAUGUUGCACAACAACCUUUUUAG